AUGACAAGCAAAGCUCAUUCUUCUUCUCUCUUCAUCAGCGAGAAGAACAAAGUGGCAGGCGGCUACGUCAGUGACUUCUCCCAAUGGGGUCUUACAAACGAACUCGUUGCGCUGCCUACCAUCAGUGCCCCUGGUGGAUUCAUGCUGUCAACACACCCUCUAGCCCUGGGUGGCUACGCAGUUGAGUCCGGCACCUCCAUGGCAACACCUUACUUCGCCGGCUGCAUUGCUCUCCUCUUCGAAGCCCGCGGAAAGAUCUCAUCCUCAACCGUCCAGUCCCUCUUCGCAACAAACUCGAACCCCAAUGUCUUCCACGACGGUGUCUCAGCUUAUCCGUGGCUCGACUCUGUCGCCCAACAAGGCGCCGGUCUGAUCAACGCAUACGACGCUGUCCACGCAAAGACCGUCCUGAACGUAAGCAGCAUCAGCUUCAACGACACCGAAUAUCUCACCCCGACCUCCUUUAGCCUCAAGAACACCGGCUCACAGGACGUGACCUACACCAUCGACCAAGUGGGCAGUGGAACAGUCUACACGCUUGCCAACGACGGCACCACGAUCCCCGUUUUCUUCGACGCAGGCGACUUCAUGGAGACAACCGCCACCUACGCCUCGCUGAGCUUCAGCUCCAAGCGCGUGGUUGUUUCACCGGGACAGACGGCUGUUGUGCGAGUCUCCGCUGCGCCACCCAAGGGCUUGAACGCCAGCCGGAUUCCUAUCUACAGCGGAUACGUGACUCUGAACGGAACGAACGGCGAUUCUCUGUCAAUCCCAUACUUGGGCGCCGCAACUUCCAUGCGCAACGUCACCAUUCUGGAUACCAAGCAUGGCGACAACGUCCUGAAGUCCUCGGUCAGCAGCAAGCCCGUGACUGCAGGCCAGGUGUUCACUUUUGCUGGACCUCAUGGCGCUGAGACUAACACUAGCUACCCGGUCUUCGAUCUGCUUCUCUCCAUGGGAACGCGUCUUCUAGAAAUCGACGCUAAGUCGAGCAAUGGAACUGUUCUAGGCUCUAUUGCCCAAUUCCCUCAGGAGUUCAAGAGUCGCUCUGCGACUGGUGCUUCUGGUGUCGAAUGGCAAGGCUAUAUGGCUGACGGUUCCAAUGUUCCUGCUGGCUCUUACUCUCUGCGUGUCAGAGCUCUGAAGAUCUUUGGAGACCCUGCCAAGAAUUCUGAUUAUGAUGUUGUGGAGACGCCUUGGUUCAAGGUUCGCUAUGUUGAGGGUGGUCUCACUCCCCAUCGUUUGUAA